AUGUUUUGCUGUCUAAGCACAAGAGGCCUCAAGGAGCGAGAAUCUGACGGUGAGCCGCCUGUUGCUGCUGCAAACGCCAAGGCUCCACCGCCGGCUUCAUAUGGGUCUGAGGAAAAGACGCGAAAUAGCAGCGGCGACGGCAUGGUAAACGACGGAAAUAUGGUUGUUCUGGCAGGAGCUGGUGCUGGUGCUGCUGUGGCUGGGGGGGUUGCUACUGCCUCCGUCGUGACGGCGAGUCGUGACCUGAAGAGUAGCGGCGGUGGUACGGGCCUAGGAUGCUGUUGUUGUUGCGGUGGUGGUGGUGGUGGUGGUGGUGGUGGUGGUGGUGGACGUGACGGGGUAAGCACCGCUGUGAUUGUAGCCAUCGUUGUCGCGGUUUUUGUCGUCGUUUGUUUAUUACCAUGUGCGAUCAAUGCGUGUUACGUUCGCACCGCCCCUGCUGGCCCUGUACCGCCGCGGCCGCCAGCUGGAGUUGCCGGGAGGCCGCCGCAGCCACAAACGAACACAAAGGAGAAGGAUGGCAACAUGGAAAUAUUCGAAACACAUGUACAGAUUGCUGAGGAAAUACAAUAUGAUGAAUAUUCGUAUCAGGGUUGCUGUUGUGGUGGUGGUGGUGGUAGCGGCGGUCAUGAUGGCGGCGAUGGUGGUGGAUGCGGUGGUGGAUGUGGUGGAGGGGAUUGA